AUGGCGAACGCGACGGUGUGCCUCCACUACAAGGAGGGCGACGUGAGCGCGUCGUUCAAGCUCGUGCUGUCGCCGGCGCUGCAGGCCAAGCACGCCACGGGCAAGCUGCUGGCCUGGUUCGCCCGCGCCGAGCGCGGCACGCGCCCCUGGCGCACGGACCGCCUGAUCCUCGUGGACCUCGACGGCCGCUGCCUCGACCUCGACGCGCCCCUCGCGGCGACGCUGGCGGCUCAGGCGGCCGGCGGCGACGGGUUCGCGCGGCUCCUCGUGCGACCGUGGCUCCACGAGCGGACCGCGGCGGCGCUCGUCGCCCCGAAGACGGCCGACGCCUGGGCGUUGUUCUGCCCCAUCGAGAAGCUCGUCCUCUACGACAAGUCGGCGGCGACGCCGGCCGACGCGCCGGGCCUCUCGGCGGACGACGUCUUCUACCUGCGUUUCCUCCGGAAGCUCCGGGGCAGCGGCGCGGGCCUCGGCAAGGAGCGGCAGGAGUCCUUCAAGAAGCUCAUGGAGGGCGAGGCGCAGCGGGGCGACUGGAAGAAGGAGAAGCGCUGGGCGCGCCGGGGCCAGAUCCCGCGGCCGGGCUGCCGAUGGGUGACGUGCGUCGACGACGUCCCGUGCCUCGUCGCGGAGAUCCUGGGCAAGGAGCCCGUCGAGGACCCGAGCGGCGCGGCGCCCGCGGGGCUGCGCGGCGGCGAGCGCGUCGUCGCCCGGCGCUACGGCGUCUCCAAAGAGCACGUGUUGCGCUGGGGCGAGCGCGCGUCCGGAGACGCGCAGCAGAUGCUCGCGAUGGCGCCCCGGUGGCUCGAGGUCGAGUACGACGACGGCGACGAUGUCGUCUGCGGCUGGGCGCCGGCGGUGGCGUUCUUCGACGCCGAGGAGCCGCCGGAGCUCAAGCGGGAGCUCGGCGACGCGUCGUCGUCCGACGACGACGACGACGACGGCGUGCUGCCGCGGCCGCCGGGCAUCGCGCCCAAGCUCUGGGGCCGCGUCCUCGCGGCCCACGAGUGGAAGGGCGACGGCGACCGCCUCCUCGCGCUCCGGGGGCUCCGCGCGCGCGACGCGGCCGCCGCGUACGACGUCGCCGUCGAUUUCGCGAAUCUCGCGGACGCGGACGCGUGCGCCGGCGGCGACGCGGCCUGCGGCGCGCCCUGGGCGACGCGGCGCCUCGCGCCGCUGCUGCGGGCCUUCUGGCGCGCCGCGGCGCUGAACGCGGCCGUCGCGCUGCUCGCGUCCGGCGAGGCCCAGGCGGCGAUCGACGCGCUCGCGCGCGACCGGCCGAGCCCGGGCCUCCUGCGCGCGGAGCCCGACGACGCCGACGGCCUCUUCUGCCGCGCCGAGGCCCUGGCGCGCCUCCGCUUCCCGAAGCUCGCGCUCGACCAGCUCGACCUCGUCAAGGCGACGCACGGCGCGGCGCUCACGGAGCGGCAGGCCCGGACCCUCGACGCGGCGCGCGACCACGCGGCGGAGAAGAUCGCCGCCCUCGCCAAGCCCAAGCGCAAGACGAAGAAGCGCUGGUAA